UUUUAUCGUUUACCUACCUGACAGUAGAACCAAGUUUGAAUGUAACAUUUAAGAUAUUUUAAAUCAAUAAAUUGGUCGUAAGAAUGCAUGACUGCGUGUUUUUAUCAAAAUAUUUAGUGUGCUUGUUCAUUAAAUAAAGAUCACAUAAAAGUGUUGAAUAUAUCCAGCAUUACUAUGGAAUAAGACUUUUGGAAGUGUAAUCGUUUUAGUUGUUAAAUACGUACUGUAUAAUUGAUAACAAGCAUAUCGUCAUAUAUUUAGUUGAAGCCAAUAAUUGUUUUAGUCACACGGGUAUCGAUGGAUAAGAGUGCAUCAUUCUGUCUUGUCUGGAUUUGCUUUGAUAUAUGUAACGCACUCACGCUUACAGCACCAGGAAGUCUCGGAAAGACAGGUACAUUUAAAUGUGGAUCCAAGGCGACUAUCAUAUGUUAUAUACCAACAUAUAAGUUAACAAUGACGUGGUCUGUAGAUUCUGAUAUUGUAGCAUCUUGUGUGUCAUCAACAUGUGAGGAAAAUCCGCCAUUCAGACAUGGAGAAUUAGAAUUUUUAUAUGACACGAGUAACGGAACGUUCACCAUGAUAAUUCCAGAAGUAAACUUUAAUAUGAACGGUACAAAUAUAAAAUGCGAUGAUGGAUCGGAUUAUGAGCAGAUGCCAUCAGUUAAAAUAAGUUAUGAUAUUCAUCGACAUUUAAGACUGAAUUUUCUUCCAGAGCAAAAUGCAUCAAGUAUAACGGAAUUACCUGAUAACAGUACAGAUGCUGUGAAACUUGUCGCAUUCGGAGGAUGUGUGUAUCCUAGCUCUGAAAUAUUAUUUCGUUGGUAUUACUUUGAGGACAGGGAAGAAUCAAUAUUCUACAAAGAGAGUUUAGCAAACGAAACAGAAGAGACAUAUGUUUGUACAGAUAGUAUAUGUGGUGGAAAAGAAGUAGUCCGCUUAUCUAGCACACUUACUGUACCUGUUGUUAAGUCAAGCAAAAAAUACUUUUUACAAGUACAUAUCCUGCAUAAAGUCACCGGCAACGCCAGCCUUGUCAUACUCAAUUUGUCAAGAACAUAUGGAUUAUUCGAUGGACAUCAAAAUUCUGCAUCAAAUGAUGAACAAGAUGUGAACAUUGGUCUGGCUGUUGGUUUACCAAUAGGCACCGGUUCUGUACUGUUAAUUAUUAUAAUUGUUGUUAUGUAUCGUCGCCGAAAACUGGCAUUAAGGAAUUAAACCUAUAAUGGCAACGUAUGGAAUGAAAUGGAAUUAAAGCUAUAAUGGCAAAGAACGGAAUGAAAGCUAUAAUAGCAACGAACAGAAUGUACAUAUAAUGAAAACGGAAAGUAAUCACUCAUGGCAACAAACGGUAUGUACGCUAUAAUGGCAACAAACGGAGUGUAAGCUAUUUUGAAGCGAUUAUGUAAGGAUAUGAUGAUUAUUAUAAAUGAUGAUUAUAUGACGAUGAUAAAGCCGCUUGGGCAUGACGUCCAGUACAGAAGAAAUGGACGCCACCCGUUUAAAGGAAUAUGAUUAUAAGUGUUAAUAAAAUAUAACAUAGAGUAGAAAGUCACGUUUUAAAAAAGUUUAUUUAUACGACUGUUUUUAUUUGAUUUGUUAGGUUCUUGCAUUUUAAGAAUGGCAUUAUAAUAGAUUUUUGUUAGAUAUCUUUUGCGCAAAUGACAAUGUAACGACGCAUUAUCCUUAUGUUGUGUAACGUUACUCAGGCUUUUUUUUCUUUUGAGCAUUCUGUACAUUGCAUUGCAUAAAUUUAAUGUUUAAUGUCGCAUGAUCCUGA